AAAAUCUGUCUAUAAAUAACCCAUCUCCACUUCCACCUUAUACCUCCUCCUCCUCUUCUUCUCCUGAACAUUUUUCUUUUGGUUCUUUGAAUCUAAUUUUCUUCCCCGUUUUUCUUCUCUUUUCUUCCGCCAUUUGAACUCCGUUACUCCUCAAUUCCCUGCAUUUUCUACGCUUCUUUCCAUUUUCUUCUCCGUUUCUCGUUCGAUUUGCACGCACUGAAUUUGUCGGAGGAAGAAAUUAUGAGGUUGAAGGAAGAUUCGCCUUACAACGCCAACGAAGGCGCACCUGAAAUGGAAGAAACGGUGUCGCUUCAGUCUAGGUUUUCGAAUGCCCAUCAAAGGAAGGUGGUUGUUGUUGGCUAUGCUCUUACCUCCAAGAAGACCAAGAGUUUUAUGAAGCCUAAGCUUGAAGGAUUAGCUAGGAACAAAGGUAUAUUGUUUGUUGCAAUUGAUCAAAACAGACCUCUGUCGGAUCAGGGUCCUUUUGACAUUGUUUUACACAAGUUGUCAGGAAAAGAGUGGCGUCAGAUUCUCGAGGAAUACAGACAAACACACCCAGAAGUGACUGUCCUAGAUCCUCCAGAUGCGAUACAGCAUUUACACAAUCGGCAAUCUAUGCUUCAAGCAGUUGCUGACAUGGACUUAUGUGAAUCUUAUGGCAAAGUAGGUGUUCCAAAACAAUUAGUCAUAAAGAAAGAUGCAUCGUCCAUUUCUGAUGCAGUGGUGAAUGUCGGGCUAAAACUUCCUCUUGUUGCUAAACCGUUGGUUGCUGAUGGAAGUGAAAAGUCCCAUCAACUAUCUCUAGCUUAUGAUAAGUACUCCCUCCAAAAGCUUGAGCCUCCUCUUGUUCUCCAGGAGUUUGUCAACCAUGGAGGUGUCAUGUUUAAGGUCUUCAUUGUUGGUGAAGCUAUAAAAGUGGUCAGACGUUUUUCUUUACCAAAUGUUAGCAUGUGGGAGGUAUUGAAAAGUGCUGGCAUCUAUCGUUUCCCAAGAGUUUCUCAUGCUGCAGCAUCUGCUGAUGAUGCAGAUCUAGACCCUUGUGUUGCUGAACUUCCUCCACGACCUCUAUUAGAGAGACUAGCAAAGGAACUCAGACGUAGACUGGGGCUUCGUUUAUUCAAUCUGGACAUUAUUCGAGAGUAUGGAACUAGAGAUCACUAUUAUGUCAUUGAUAUCAACUACUUCCCUGGGUAUGGGAAAAUGCCGGAAUAUGAACACAUAUUUACAGACUUCCUGUUGGGCUUGGUGCAGAGCAAGUACAAGAAAAGAACAACUUAUUAGAAAAUUCUUUGAUUCUCAUACGGUCACGUUCAGUACUCUCCAGAUUAUAACAGAACUCUAGAAUAAGCGGCACAAGGGCCAGCCUCUAGCAACUCAUACAAUCUUUUACUUGGCUGAAGGAUGGGAGAAGAGAAGCCUAGCUAGUAGGUGCUUUGGUAUGAAAUUGAUUUACUUAAAAUCUGUCCUUUGGUUUUAAGCCAAUUAUCUAAUGUUAUGCUCGCUCACAAAGUUGACGAGUUUGCAGUUUGGAAGGUGUAAAUAAUGCCUUUUUGACUUUGCAUCAAUUAGCCAAAUUUGAACUAAUUUUCUUUGGGGUCCCUUGUUGCUUCUGUUGGGAGUUACUAGAAUGACUGUAAAUAUUUCUAAGGUAGAAAAAGGAAGUGUUAAGGAUCGAAUGUAAAUUUUGUUUUAGAAAAAGAAUCAAUUAACGCUUAUAAGUUA